UUGAAGAGCAGCUGUACGGGGUGCGUGUGUUCACUGUACGCCUUGACGCAGUUGUUUUGGAAACAGAGACGGACCAGCUGAGCAGCACUGCAGUCAUCUGCGGCUCUGCUCCGUCUCUCCUUUCUCUCCCCGGUUCCCUCGACGCCUCCGGUCCCGCUGAUUCCCAUCUCCUCUCACUCCUCUCCAGGAACUCACGCAGGGAUCUGGCCGCUCCAUGAGCGCCUCUGCAGCUCGCUGCUGCGGCCACAACAUCGGAGUCGGGGUUGCCCUUGACUCGGUGGAGGAGUUCGGAGAAGGGGGGGCUCGAUCAUGCAGAGCGGAGUGACGUUGUGACUGUGAUCCAUUCAGGGAUGCGGCUCUGCGCCUUCCUUCCAUCCCUGCCGGCCGCGGAGCAGCAGCGUCCUGCCGAGAGAAGCAUCUGCGGGCAGCCGCGGCCCCGGAGCUCCGCCGGACUAGCUGAGGAGGCCUGAGCGGUCUCCACCUCCGGAUUAGAUGGUGGCAGAAGGCAAGUGUGCAUGACAAGAUAAACAAACCCGGAGGCUGUCCUGCCUGUGCUGCAGAUAAGCAGAGCUGCAAGUGUACUUCCCAUUGGCUGCCAUUGUUGCUUUUUUGGGCCUCUUUGGGCUUCACAGACUGUUUGUGGGAGUAGAUGUACCUUUUAAUAAUAAAUGUGAUGGGCAGCAGCCGCUGAACUAUAAAUGUAGGCUUGAACUGGUUUGUUUUUCUAACCCGUAAAAAGACUGAAAAUGAUGGCCGACCACGAGGAUGCAGAGCUGUCCGAGUCCCUACAGAAGGAGGACGGGUUCUCCAGCGAGCUGGAAGAGCCUGGUACCAACUUCAAAUCUAAAAGUUUGCCUAUUUUGAACGAAGCAGCGCCUCAAGAGAAAACCUUGCUGGCUAGCUCAGGACGGAUGUCCAUAACAGCGGAGGAGAGUGCAGAGUUCAUCCAACUGCCCGCCAAGACCGAGUCCUUCCAGGCCGAAUCCCCAACCAGAGCGAACUACCUGCCCAAGCCGGGUAAGUCAGCGCUGAACCGGCCCAGUUCGUAUAUGGAGAACACAGAGAUCCGCAGGAGUAAAAACAUGUUGAGGAGGAAGCCCCCGGGGUUCUUUGCUACCAGGUUGGCUCAGAUCCGUCUGCCCAGCAGGAAGCACCUGGGCGUGAUCCUGCAGGACUCCCGCUGCUUCCUGUUUUGCAUGUGCUACCUGACCUUCAUCCAGUCCCUCAUGGUGUCCGGCUACCUCAGCAGCGUCAUCACCACCAUCGAGAAGAGGUACAGCCUCAGGAGCUCCGAGUCCGGCCUCCUGGUCAGCUGCUUCGACAUUGGGAGCCUCCUGGUGGUCGUCUUCAUCAGCUACUUUGGUGGGCGAGGCCAGAGGCCUCGCUGGCUGGCAGUUGGCGGGAUCUUCAUUGCCGUGGGCGCCGCCCUGUUCUCCUUACCUCACUUCAUCUCGCCGGCCUACCAGAUUCAGGAGGUCAACUCAUCCUCGGCCAACGAGGGCUUGUGCAUGAACAGCAACGCCAGCGGCAGGGACCGUGUUGACAUCACUUCCUGUCCCCGAGACCAGGAGGGCAAUGAGCACAACCUGUACGUGGCGCUGUUCGUCAUCGCUCAGAUCCUGGUGGGUAUGGGCUCCACACCCAUCUACACGCUGGGACCCACCUACCUUGAUGACAACGUCAAGAAGGAGAAUGCCUCGCUGUAUCUCGCCAUCAUGUAUGUAAUGGGAGCACUGGGACCAGCGGCUGGUUACCUGCUGGGAGGUGUCCUCAUCGGCUUCUACGUUGACCCCAAGACGGCUGUCAACAUCGACCAGAGCGACCCUCGCUUCAUCGGCAACUGCAUCACAGUGACUCACCAGCUCACAGCCGCCGACUUCCUACACCUGCCCAAAGCUGCCGUGAGGAUCCUGAGCAAUGUGACCUUCCUGUUCGUAAGCCUGUCCUACACAGCAGAGAGUGCCAUCGUCACCGCCUUCAUCACCUUCAUCCCUAAAUUCAUCGAGUCUCAGUUUGGCAUUCCGGCCUCCAACGCCAGCAUCUACACCGGUGUGAUUAUUGUUCCCAGCGCCGGCGUCGGCAUCGUCCUCGGCGGCUACAUCAUCAAGAAGCUGAAGCUCGGAGCUCGUGAGUCAGCCAAGCUGGCGAUGAUCUGCAGCGGCGUGUCACUGCUCUGCUUCUCCACGCUGUUCAUCGUCGGCUGCGAGAGCAUCAACCUGGGAGGAAUCAACAUCCCAUACACUACCGGACCAACACUCACCAUGACUCAGAGGAACCUGACCGGAGGCUGCAACGUGAACUGUGGCUGUAAAAUCCAUGAAUACGCUCCUGUCUGCGGCUCUGACGGCAUCACGUACUUUAACCCCUGCCUGGCCGGCUGCAGCAGCGUGGCCAACGACAGCACCGGGGUGCGGAACUACUCCGACUGCGCCUGCGUGCAGAGCCGGCAGGUCAUCACGCCGUCGUCGGGCGGUCAGGGCGGCAACCAGCUGCAGCUGGUCAUCGUGAAGACGUACCUGAACGAGAACGGAUACGCCGUGUCGGGGAAGUGCGACCGCACCUGCAGCACCCUCAUCCCCUUCCUCAUCUUCCUCUUCAUCGUCACACUCAUCACCGCCUGCGCUCAGCCCUCCGCCAUCAUCGUCACGCUCAGGUCUGUAGCGGAGCAGGAGAGGCCGUUCGCUCUGGGAAUGCAGUUCGUUCUGCUCAGGACUCUCGCUUACAUCCCGACUCCUAUUUACUUCGGCGCCGUCAUCGACACCACCUGCAUGUUGUGGCAGCAGGACUGCGGUGUCCACGGCUCGUGUUGGGAGUACGACGUCACCUCACUGCGCUUCGUCUACUUCGGCCUCGCCGCCAGCCUCAAGUUCUUCGGCUUCCUCUUCAUCUUCCUCACCUGGUACUCCAUCAAGUACAAGGAAGAGCGGGUGGAGCGCUGGCUGAAGCGCCACCUGUCGCCCGUUGACACCGUGGGCAGCCUGGUCUGCCACCCAGGUGGCCACAAGGGUCACGCCCGGACGCGGUCCUGCCCGGUCAACAUCCCCCGAAGCGACCCCAACGCUCCGCCCGCCAACGCACCACCGCGAGCCGGCGCCCUCAACCGCGGCGUCAGCACCCAGAGUUGCCCCGGCAACGAGCUAAAAGCAAUAACUCCUCCUCCUCCUCCUCCUCCUCCUGCAGCGGAGCCUUCAGCGGCACCUUCGCCUGCACCGGCCCAAUCUCUGGAACAUGUUUCAGUCCGAGUCUGAGCUUCAGAUUCAUUCUGAGAUCCGGUCAGCCGAUGCGACUUGGAGGUUCUGUCUGCUGAACCACUAGCUGGAUCCGAUCUGAUCAAUAGUCGGGCCAGAGAACCUUUUCUGAUGGUCUGCUUGGUUGGUGAAAACUUUAGUUUGUGCAGCGAGCGGCCGAAGGCUCGGCUUCCUGCAGUGGAUGGACUUCAUUGCUCAUAAACC